AUGCAGCGACUCAAGGAGAAGCUAGGACAUGGCAUUGAUCAUUUGGAGGAGUCAUUCAAAGACCACAACCUUGAGGAUGUUAAAGCCUCCGCGGUCCACCUGAAACAUAAAGUCGGCAAAUUUUACAACGUCGUGAACCCUAACCACCGUCACGAUGAAGAACAUGAACAAGCCACGGAUCGCAAACGCACCAAUGUCGCAGAAACCCAUCGCUUCCAGUCUUUCGCACCUAUCCAUGAAAAUAACAGGGUCAAGUGGUAUGUUGAUGGACUUGACUACCUCUGGGCAGUCUCUGAGGCCCUUGAAAAGGCCACCGAGACCAUUUACAUCGCCGAUUGGUGGCUGUCACCCGAACUGUUUCUUCGUCGCCCCCCAGUCAAGCACCAGGAGUGGCGGCUGGACCAAAUCCUCAAGAGACGCGCGGAGGCUGGUGUGAAGAUCUAUGUUAUUGUGUACAAAGAGGUCAACCAAGCCUUGACAUGCAACUCUGCGCAUACAAAACAUGCCUUGCGCAGUCUUUGUCCCGAGGGCACACCUGGCCAUGGCAAUAUUCGAGUCAUGCGUCACCCCGAUCACAACGUUUUCGAAAAUGGAGCCGACAUGACACUCUACUGGGCGCAUCAUGAGAAAUUCAUUGUAAUUGACUACGAAAUGGCGUUUAUUGGUGGGAUUGAUCUCUGCUUCGGUCGUUGGGAUGCUCGCCAACAUCCACUCGCCGACGUCCACCCAGCCGGUCUAGAAGACGACAUCUUCCCCGGCCAAGAAUUUAACAACAACCGUAUUAUGGACUUCCAGAGCGUGCAGGACUGGCAAAGCAAUGAAAUCAGCAAGGCUGAAUACGGUCGCAUGCCAUGGCACGAUGUAGCCAUGGGAUUGGUUGGUGACUGUGUCUACGAUAUCGCGGAGCAUUUUGUUCUGCGUUGGAACUUUAUUAAGCGUGAUAAGUACAAGCGUAAUGAUAAAGUUGACUGGCUGCUUAUGGAGGGUCGAACGGGCGAUGACGAGGACAUUAUUGCUGUCCAGCGGCCUAAGUAUCCUUGCGGUGACUAUUUGCAGCAUCCGCUGACGCCGCUCUCGACAAAGUCUCGUGGGAACCAAGGAUCUGUCCGAGCACAGAUUGUGCGCAGUAGUGAUGACUGGAGCAGUGGUAUUUUGAAUGAACAUAGUAUUCAAAAUGCAUACUGUGAGGUGAUUCGAAAUGCUGAGCAUUUCGUUUACAUUGAGAACCAGUUCUUCAUCACGGCUACUGGGGACCAGCAACAUCCUAUUUACAAUCAGGUCGGUGCCGCCAUCGUUGAUGCAUGUGUCCGAGCUGGCCAGGAAGGUCGCAAGUUCCGUGUUAUCAUUGUUAUUCCUGCCAUCCCCGGUUUUGCUGGUGACCUGCGUGACAAUGCUGCAUCAGGUACCAGGGCUAUCAUGGAUUACCAGUACAAAUCAAUCUGCCGAGGCGAAAACUCGAUUAUGGGCCAAAUCUCGAAGGCAGGCGUUGACCCGAAAGAACAUGUUUUCGUCUUUGCUCUACGUGCUUACGAUCGUAUCAACAAAACCCCUGCCCUCGAGGAACUGGAGAAAACGGCCGGCGUCACAUACCAGGAUAUUCAGCGUGGUAUUGCAGAGUCUAUCAUGGGUGAAAGUGUGCAUCCUUCCAUUGGCCAAGACGGCGACAGGCAUGAGAAGAGCUACGAAAUUGAUCCCAGUCUCCAGCGGGAGAAGGUCGCGAAACUCGAAAAAUUUGAAGAAGCAGUGGAGCAGCACAAAGAGCUGCGAGGCGAGGCAAGCAGAGACUCCGUGGCUCAUACCACCAUGUUGAAUGGUGGCAAGAUGUCCGACGAGUAUUGGGAGGGUGACCCAGAAGCCGAGAAAGCCAAUAUCGUCCAGGAAGAGCUGUAUGUACACGGCAAGGUGUGCAUAGUGGAUGACCGCAUUGUCAUCUGUGGCAGUGCUAAUAUCAAUGACCGGUCCCAACUCGGCUCCCACGAUAGCGAACUCGCCAUCGUAAUGGAAGAUCAAGAUUUCAUCGAAAGUGAGAUGGAUGGUAACCCGUAUCGAGCAGGCCGCCACGCGGCCACUCUGCGUCGUCAGCUGUGGCGCGAACAUCUAGGUCUCCUACCAGCACAAGAUUAUGACGCAGCGAAUGAAGCGAAUGCCCAACCACCAGAUGUAUGUCUAAAUGAGAUUUUAGAGGGGCCGGAGAACGACUUCGUCACCGACCCGCUGGGUGAUUCGGUCUGGAACACAUGGAGAGAACAGGCUACUGUCAAUACGGAAAUGUAUCGGGUCCUUUUCCGGGCUGACCCAGAUGAUCACAUUAAAACCUUUGAGGACUAUGAUAAUUUCUACCCGCGUGGGGCCCAUAAGCAGGGUCACCUGUUCGAUCCGUAUAUGCCGGCAGCUGAAGUUCGGGAGAAGCUCGAUCGGAUCAAGGGACAUCUUGUGUGGCUACCAUUGGAAUUCCUGGAGAAUGCCGAGAUGGCAGAACCCGGAUUGGCCGUGAACCAGAUCACCGAGAGCAUCUACACGUAG